AUGUUUGAAAUUAGUAAGUGGGCCCGGCAACGUUUGGAUGUCGGAAAAACCACAGGAUCCUCAAGAAUUUCGAGGCCAAAGAAGGCAAGGACUAGAGCAGUUGAUGAGAUUCCAAGGGGUGCCACUAAGCUUAGGAGAUAUGGAAUUGUAAUCCAUUGCUCGGUUUGUGGAGGAGAAGGUCACAAUGCUACUAAUUGUGGUAGGGCAGACAACAAUACAAGAAGUGCAAGAGGAAGAGGCAUGGGAAGAGGAAUCAACUCAGUCCAUCAAUCUCAAGAAGAACUCCAAUCUAGAACAAUAAGAAGACCUAAACUACAGGCAAAUGGAGGGGGUUUGACAAGGAUUGCAACCACUGCAGUAGCUCCAACCAAUGUUGCAAGCCAUAGUCUGCUAUUACCACUGAAAACACUUCCAAGAGGUUCAAAUUGA